CAGAACCAGCAGCCAACAUGUCCAGCAAACGGGCCAAGACGAAGACCACCAAGAAGCGCCCCCAGCGCGCCACCUCCAACGUCUUCGCCAUGUUCGACCAGUCCCAGAUCCAGGAGUUCAAGGAGGCCUUCAACAUGAUCGACCAGAACAGGGACGGCUUCAUCGACAAGGAGGACCUGCACGACAUGCUGGCCUCCCUGGGGAAGAAUCCAACGGACGAGUACCUGGAUGCCAUGAUGAACGAGGCCCCGGGCCCCAUCAACUUCACCAUGUUCCUCACCAUGUUUGGGGAGAAGCUGAACGGCACCGACCCCGAAGACGUCAUCAGGAACGCGUUCGCCUGCUUCGAUGAGGAGGCCACAGGGUUCAUCCAGGAGGACUACCUGAGGGAGCUGCUGACCACCAUGGGGGACAGGUUCACGGACGAGGAGGUGGACGAGCUCUACAGGGAGGCGCCCAUCGACAAGAAGGGGAAUUUCAACUACAUCGAGUUCACGCGCAUCCUGAAGCACGGCGCCAAGGACAAGGACGACUGAGGGGCCCUCCCGGCGCCCGCAGAGCGUCUCUGCCUCGCUCCCUCCU